AUGAGCAGGACGCUGCUCACAAUCCAAAGGCCCGCUGCCCUGCGGAUCACGAGAGCUUACAGAUCUGUGUCUACGGAUGCGGCCCUGGUCUUGGCCAGGCUGCUCCUGCUGCCCUUGGUAGUCAGCCAAGAGGCGGCCUUCUACAGAACUACAGUAGAAGGAUUACAGUCAACGCAUUGUAAUCAGAAGUACCCAGUCAGGCUUAGGCAUAGAAUAGAUGUUUUCAAAGUCCAUCCGGCCCAAUGGAUUGGACUCGGCUGGGAAGUCGGUGAACCGACUGGUACGGGUGUUGAAAUAUACACCGAUGGCUCAAAAGACGGCAGCGUAGUAGGUGCCGCAUUCUGCGUCUUCUGUAAUGGAGUGCAAGUGUACGAACAGUCAGUCAGACUGAAUGAGGAGGCGUCCGUGUUCCAGGCAGAACUGGUGGCCUUGGUGAGGGCGUCCCAGUGGAUCCUAUUACAUCCGGGUCCAGAGCCGGUCACGGUUUACUCUGAUAGCCAGUCGUAG